UCAAAGUCAAAAUCUGUCAAAAUUGGUUUCAAAGAGAUUUUUCGGUGAUUUUCGCAAUUGUUUUCAAUUUUUAAUAUUACUGCAAAGGAACUUAAUUUAUCGACGAAAUAUUCACUAAAAAAACUUCAAAAAUGGUCGAUGAUUUGCGAAAAUAUCUAAAUCAUCUAUUGGAGAAGGUGAACGGUCUUCAUUGUAUACUAAUCACCGAUAGAGAUGGGGUGCCUGUGGUCCGCUCUGUUACGGAGAAAGCCCCACAGUUGGCUCUGAGGUCAAACUUCAUUUCCACUUUUGGAAUGGCAACUGAACAAGCAAGCAAACUUGGACUUGGGAGGAACAAGACUAUUAUAUCUAUGUAUUCGAGUUAUCAGGUCAUACAAAUGAACAAGCUACCCCUAGUGAUCACCUUCAUUGGCAGUGACAACUGUAACACGGGACAUAUACUGUCUCUAGAAAGCCAGAUAGAACCUUUCUUGAAGGACCUUGGGACCAUAGUGGCUGAUGCACCAUGAUAUAGCUAUUAAUUUAUAUUUACUAGCCUUAAAAGAAGUGCCCACUAGCCACAAAACUUGCAGAAACUCUGUGCUAUUCAAUUGCACUGAAAUACUUGUAGCAAGUCAAUUUUAUCUUAGUUUUAGUAACUUAGACUUGCAAAAAUUGGCAUUCAUAAUAUGAUAAUGACAGCUGACUUCUGCAAGUUUUAUUGCUAGUGGACACAGAGUGCAAGGGUGUGUUCUCACUAGACAUAUAUUUUGAAGUUUAGAAUUCAAUAAUUCAUCAGAAUCUGGUCACAGCUUCAAAUAACUGUAUUCUUCUACAUUUCUUGUAGCACAAUUUGACACUCAUUCUAUGUCAUUCAUUCAUAAGUCAUAAAGGUGCCCACGCACUCGAACUGAACUGCAACUGAACUGCGCGUCGCUGCAGCGAGCUGCACGAUAUUCUCUCCAGCCGCGAUGCGCGUACCGCGUGGCGCGGCAGUGCACCUGGAGAAUAUAUGCAACUGCAGUUCAGUUCGAGUGCGUGGGCACCUUUAUUCUUCUAAUGGUUCCGAAAGAAAAUUCUACUGAGAAGAAAAGGCUAGAAAGUCUUACAUUUUUUUUUGAAGUUGUCUUUAUGGGUGUCAUGAUAAAAUUUUGUUUUGGUGUGUAGAAACAAUUUUUGUUUUGAAUUAUGUUUAUUGGUAACAUAUCGUCAAGUAUCUAUCUACUACGAAAUUUUUUGCUUCAUCAUUCCUCAUAUGCAUGGCUAGAAUUUGGAAUACUCUUCCGCGACCUGUGUUUCCUACCAAUUAUGAUCCGGGUAUCUUUAAAUCUUGUUUUAAAGAUACCCGGAUUAUAAAUUGGAAAGCCGGCGAUGUAAUAAAUUGAUGAUGUUAAUAGUAUAUUACUGUUCAGGCUGGAAAUAAAUCAAUUGAAGGCCGAGUAAUUUUGGAAGGACAAGGUGAAGCCGAGAAGUGAUUUUUUUUUACGUGUUCAGUUAGUUUUUGGUCGCGUGAGAUAUGAUGAGCGUAAUUAUUUCUGUAAGUAUAAAGUUAUUGAUUACUGAAUACUUCGACCAUUUCAUUUAUUGGAGACCAAGCUAAAAAGUUACGCCACGUUGUCACAGUAUUAAAGACUGCAAAUACCAAUUAUCUUAUUUAAAAUUCUGUGGUGUAAUCUGUGUAAUAUGUUAGACAAGUCAUAAUAAUGAUUUGUGUAUUCAAGAAAUGAGUACCUAUUGUACGCUAAAGCUUCAUUUACGCCAGAGCAACAUACCUAGUGCAACAUUCCGGCAUGCCAUAGGGCCACAUGUUGCAGUGAUCCCAAACAAGUUGUCCAAUCUGAAAUGCAACAUGGUGGUCUGCGUAGGUACAGUCAAAGUACACAAGCCAUGUUUUUGUACUCUUUAGAGUUUAAAAAAGACUCGCUGUCAAGGUUUAGAUCAUCUUCAUGACGGGGGAUACCUCAAAUCUAAACGAGAGAUGAAUAUCCGGGGGGGGGGGGACUUGGGCAGUCUACCCCCCCCCCCCCCCCCCCCAGAUAUCCUCUGCAGACUAUUGUUUCGUAGUAUGUGUUUCAAUAAUUGUACAGCACAAACAUUUUGUCGGCAUAAAAAAAUCUGCCGCAUGCUGCUAGGCCGCGUAGCAUGUCGCAUUGUGGCAUGUUGUGGCUCUGGGGUAAAACAGUCUAAAUCGUGCAUUCAUAGCUGUAAGAAUUGUUUAAUAAAGUUUUUGUCUUCUAGUAAAAAUGAGACAUUAUUUUAAACUUUGUUAUAGUUAUGUAAAUAUAAUGUAAAUAUUUUAUAUGAAUAAAGACAUUGUGCCUCUAGCAGAUCUUGUAGUAUGUCUGAAAAUGCUUUAUAAUAUAUUAUUGCUAAUGU